AGCAGCUGCUCCUGGGGCUUUGGAGUCAAGUGUACCCCCUCGACCCCUCAAGUGGCUUCCUGCCUCAGUCCCCACCACAACUCCAGGAGAAGAAACCCUUCUAUGACUUUCCAGAUUGCAGAGCGGCAGAGGUGGAGACCCUGCCCACUCCCGGGCAUGGCAGGACAGAGCUAUGGUUCCACCCGGUAUCUAAUGUCUGGAAUGCUGCUCUUCUGCCACACUGUGGCAUAUCCAGCAUUUAGGAAGUGUCUGAUAAUUUUUUUUUUUGAGACGGGGUUUCUCUGUAGCUUUGGAGCCUGUCCUGGUACUUCCUCUGUAGACCAGGCUGGCCUAGAACUCACAGAGAUCUGCCUGUCUUUGCUUCCUACGUGCUGGGGUUAAAAGUGUGUGACACCACCACCUGGCAUGUCUGAUAAUUAAGAAGCUGGGACAUCAACUGUCCCUGACCUCAGAGUACCCUGUGCUUCUGGAAGGACCCAGGCUACCCUGAGUGGGGCAUUCUAGAGGCAGAGGCAGGGAUGGUUCUGCCUGGUGGAUCCCAUUGUGCGUGGAAGUGAUGUCCAAAGUCAGGCCAAGUGCCUGCCUCUGACUGGUGUCUGGUCUGCAGAUGUCUUGUGCAAUGAAGGGGAUCUUGGAAGUAGUAGGACCCAGACCCAUAUUCUCAGGACCUCCUCAAGGCUCUACUCUGCAGAGCUUGGCACACGGGCCCCAGAGUGAUCCUCCAGCCUCUGCUGAGGCUUCUGGGUACUUCUCAGGGGGCAGGCACUGUCAGCUUUCUGUACAGUUCACCGCUGUUCUUCUCUCUGGCUAUGGGUGAGACCAAGGCUCCUAGACACAGAACGUUAUGCCCAGGUCUCGAUGGAGAAAACAGGGUGCUGCCCUGUGAGAAUGGCAUGGCCACAGCAGUACAGAGACCAAGAGAAGCUGGCAGCCCUCAAACUGGAAGUGGAGGAAAUCUCUCUGACCUCAGCCAGCCAGAGGCGCAAGUUAGGGGUCGUCUUGGAGGCCGCCAACCAGAGUCUGCAGGUUGAAGAGCAACAGGCCAAGUGGAGCGUGGAGGCCAUUUUCAACAAGGACCUGCUGGCCACCUUGCAUCUCCUGGUGGCCCUGGCCAAACGCUUCCAGCCGGACCUGCCCCUUCCAGACAAUGUCCAGGUGGAAGUCAUCCACAUUGAGAGCACCAGGACCGGCCUGAAAUCUGACAAGCUGGUAGAGCAGCUCACAGAACGCCGCUCACACAAGGACCAGCCUUCACAGGACGCCUUUGAUGAAUUAUUUAAAUUGGCUCCGGAGAAAGUGCACGCUGUCAAAGAGGCCAUCGUGAGCUUUGUCAACCAGAAGUUGGAGCGUCUGGGCCUGUCUGUGCAGAGUCUGGACACCCAGUUUGCAGACGGCGUCAUCCUCCUGCUGCUGAUCGGACAGCUGGAAGGCUUCUUCUUACAUCUGAAAGAAUUCUAUCUCACUCCCAGCUCUCCCACGGAAAUGCUGCACAAUGUCACUCUAGCCCUGGAGCUGCUGAAGGAUGAAGGUCUGCUUAGCUACCCUGUCAACCCUGAAGAUAUUGUGAACAAGGAUGCCAAGAGCACACUGAGGAUACUCUACAGUCUAUUCCAGAAGCAUGCACUGAGGGCAGAGGGCAACAGGGCGCCCUAUGGUACCCCAAACUAGUCAUCUCUGCCUCCCUGAGCCAUGUCUCAGGACCUGCUGCUCCUGGAGGACCCAGCAGUCCCAGAUCCUCCCAUCCCAGCCUUGGUACUGUGGGUUGGUGAUGCGCUUUCCUCCCACACCUGUCCUGCUUACAUGUAUACGUGGGCUGAUACCUUUGACCCCACCGGAUGGGGAUCUGUUCUGAGUCCACCUCUGCUUUGCUCAGUGUAUUUUGAUGUCUGUAUGAAUAGAAUUUCUGUUGAGGAUGGCA